UGUGGAGUCCGCAGUUUUCACAGGGGAAGGCAUGACCCAUGGCUGCGAGCAGAGAUGCAUCUGUCCGCGCUGCGCAAGUUUCGUUGAAAAGUCUCACUAUAUUUGCUUCUGCUCAAGACAUUCUGAGAAGCAAUGCGAAUUCCUAUGUUUGGUUGCGGCCCGUUCUCGUUGCCCAACAGAAGUCACUUCAUGCCUACUCGCACUCUUACGACCAUGACCAGCGUAGCCAAAAACAACCACAGUCAGCAGUUGGGUGCCGCCUAACGUCCUUGCCUUCACGGCAACACGGCAAUGUGCUGUCCGCGUGCAAGCAUGUCGCGAACGCGACGACGAGCCAGCACAGAUGUCUUGCUGCUAUGCAUGGCUUCAAUCGUCUUCCUGCCACCUCGACACCUUUCGGCGCUAUUGUUGGGGGACUGUCGACUGCGCCGGUACGACAGUUGGCAAGCGCUGCGGGGCCAAGCAGCGCAGCCGACGUUAGCGAUACCGUGGAAUGCGUUGUAAUCGGGGCAGGGGUGGUCGGGCUGGCUGUGGCUCGCGCGCUGGCCCUCCGCGGGCGCGAGGUGGUGGUUGUGGAGGCGGCGGGGGCGGUGGGGACCGAGACCAGCUCACGACACAGCGAGGUGAUCCACGCGGGCAUCUACUACCCGCCCGGCAGCCUCAAGGCGCGCAUGUGCGUGGAGGGCAAGGCGCGGCUGUACGACUUCUGCCGUACACACAACGUGCCGUACAAGAACAUCACCAAGCUCGUCGUCGCCAACAGCAAGGAUCAGCUGCCCUCCCUCGCCUCCCUGCGUGCCACCGCCGCCGCCUCGGGUGUGACCGACCUGCAGCCGCUCAGCGGGGCGGAGGCGCGGGCGCUGGAGCCGGCCCUGGCGCCGGGGUGCGCGGGGGCGCUGCUGUCGCCCUCCACCGGCAUCCUGGACAGCCACAGCUACAUGUCAGCGCUGCUGUCCGAUGCGGAGGCGCACGGGGCGCUGCUGGCCCUGCACACCCGAGUGGUGGGAGGCUGGCUGGAGCCCGCACCCCUGACAGCAGCAGCAGCAGCAGCAGCAGCAGGAGGAGCAGCAGCAGGAGGUGCAGCCACUGGCGGAGCAUGCAACAGCAGCACCAGCAGCACCAGCAGCUCACACUCGUCACCGCCGCCGCCGCCUCAACCCCCCACUGCUGCAACUGCGGGUGCUCCGACAUCAACAACAGCUGGGGCAUCAUCGUCCUCCUCGCCCGCUGGCACAACUACGUCAGGCAACACAAGAUACGCCGGGGAGGUGCCGUACAAGGUCUUGGAGCUGCAUAGCCAUCACAUGCAACCACCACCUGACAGCGGCGGCGCCACCAGCGGCAGCAGCGGUGGGUUGCAGUCAGGGGGUGC